UCAGCUGCUCGUUAAACAUUUUGUUCGAAACCUUGAAGCACACAAGUUGUGAUAUGAGACAGUAAAAUAGUAAAAUACUAUAAAAGAAAAGCAAAUAAAAUAUUUUAGGAACUUCUGUCCGGAAUGAAGUGCUAUAUAAUUUUGGUGUUAUUACUCGUGCUCGGCUUGUGCCAUGCAGAUUUGCCUCCUAAAAUAGAAAAAUGUACCGCUGGUGAUGUCGAUUGCAUUGCUAAACUUUUACCUUUUAUUCUUAAAAACUACGCAAAUGGAAUACCGGAAAUUGGCUUGCCGAAUAUCGAAAAAUUAUCACUCAACAAUGUUGUUAUCACUAGGGUAAAUGGCCAGUCCCCAGUUUCGCUGAAUCUGGAAUUCAAAAAGAUGUAUCUUCACGGCAUCAGCAAUUCGACCGUCGAACGCUUGGUUGGCUUCGAAAAGGAUCUACUCAAAUCGAAAUUCGAAGCUUAUGUGACAAUACCGAACUUGGUAGUUGAUGGAGAGUACGAAUCUAGUGGCAAAGUGCUGAUAUUACCAAUGGAUGCGACGGGUUAUGCGAAAAUAUUACUCAAGAAUACCAAGUUGAGUAUGAAAAUGAAAGCCGAUGAGGAAUGGAGAGAUGGCAAACAGUAUAUGAAGAUAAAGGCUAUGAAAUGCAAAUUGAUGCCAGAGUUAAUGCAUGUGAAAUUUGAAAAUCUUUUUAAUGGUAACAAGGAGCUGGGCGCCUCGUUGAAUGAAUUAAUUAACGAUAAUUGGAAAACGCUUUGGUCUGAUAUGGAGCCACAGGUUAAUGAUGCGGUCAUGAAAAUUGUUAAGCACCUGCUGGAGAGCGUAUUACAAGUAUUGCCGUAUGAAGAUUUUUAUCGAAAGGACUGAACAGUUUUAAAUGCUCAAUUAUACACACAUACAUGUAAUAUGUAUAUAUGAAGUUUAUUUGUUAGAAUUUAAGUGGGUACUUAUACAGAUUUGUGUAUGUAUAUAUUCCA